AUGACUCAACAAAGUACUAUUCCACUUGUCAAAGUGGGAAAACAGCACUUCAAAGUUCAAGCGGAAAAUGAGGAUGACCAUUACCUGUCUUUCAAACUCGAGGUGGAAACAAAUGAGAAUGAUGGAGCCGACACUCUCCGCCAAGACUUGCUGUGGUCCGACGCUGAAGUAGUGGUGUUGGAUUCCGUAAAAUCUGGCCUUGGUCGUAGCCCUGAAAACGAUUUCUAUACUAAUGUAAUCAAGCCUGUAUUCGAGGAGCUCAAGGUCUCGGCACGCGUCAUUCGCACAGAGAGUUCGAAUUCAGUGACUGAAUUUGCAAAAACUUUGAAGGCGUCUUCCCCAAUUACAAUAAUCAUUUUCAUCUCCGGUGAUACCACCAUCUCUGAAUUUAUAAAUGGCCUGAACUCGAACCAUGCCAUUGGGAAAGAGGAUAAAAAAUCCUCUAGUUUGUGGUUUUUACCACUUCCUUUUGGCACCGCAAAUGCCUGGGCCACUUCUCUGGGUAUCAAAAAUCCCGUUGCUGGGUUUGGAGACUUUUUGCAAAAUAAGUUGAGCCCUCAGCCGUUUCCUCUUUACAAGGCCAAAUUUCCUAACGCCCAUGAAGUGGUCUUCUUUAUUAUCUUUUCGAUUGGUUUCCAUGCUAACUUGCUCCAUCUGUGCAAAGAAAAACGCUUUGACAAUAUAGGAGUGGAGAAAUUCAGAAUCGCUGCCCAGGAGAUAUUGCAAACUUAUGAGCUUGAUUAUCCUCUACAGUUACCAUCAAAGUUGCCCACUCAACACUUUGCGUACUUUACUCUAAUCAACACACCCUUUCUGGAAAAGACGUACAUGCCCUCUCCGUCAUCUGAUCCGCUGAAGUCCGAACUUCACCUCCUGGGCUACAUCGCGGCCUUCGAUAAGACCAAGCUUAUCGAAAAAAUAAUGAGAGGUUACUAUAAUAAGCCUCGAGAAGACAUCUCUGUGGAUGGCGUCGUCUAUGAGCCGUUUAAUGAUGAUUUCGAGGUUUCUUUCGAAGAACUGUCCGAAACGGACCCCAAUACCAAAACUGAGAUCUGUUGCGAUGGUCAUCUCCUUAACAUGCGUGAUUUGCAGGUUAAAGGAAAGGAGUUUGACGGGACAGUUAAAAUUGAGUUCCUCAAAGAGUAUUCGGCUUUUGAUUUGAAAGUCUUGACACCCAAGUAA